GCGGUCUAAACGUUUACACAUUAAGUCUUAACGUGAGUUCUCUUCUCGUGUGUGCAAGACAACUGUUGACAUUUUCAAACUUUUAGAAUAUAUUCCGAGCGAAUAUUUCAGGUACUCAAGUCACCAAAACAAGAGUGAAGUGAGAAUGUCACUGAACAAAUCAAUGCACCCGCGGAACCGCUACAAAGACAAGCCUCCGGAUUUUGCCUACUUGGCCUCCAAGUAUCCAGACUUCGAGCAGCAUGUCCACACCAACCUGGCUGGCAGAGCUAUGCUGAACUUCAAGGAGCCAGAGGCGGUGCGAGCCCUGACCUGUACCCUGCUGAAGGAAGACUUUGGGCUGACCAUAGACAUCCCUCUGGAGCGUCUCAUCCCCACUGUGCCUCUCAGACUCAACUACAUCCACUGGGUGGAGGACCUGAUCGGAGGCCAGGGGGAACCACGCAGGGGCAUCGACAUCGGUACUGGAGCAUCCUGUAUCUACCCCCUGCUGGGAGCCUCUAUGAACGGCUGGCAUUACCUGGCUACUGAGGUAGAUGACAUCUGCUUUGACUAUGCCACCAGGAACGUAGAGCAGAACAACCUCUCGGAUCUCAUAAAAGUGGUGAAAGUUCCCCAGAAGACCCUGUUAAUGGACGCUCUAAAAGAGGAGUCAGCCAUCGUCUAUGACUUCUGCAUGUGUAACCCUCCCUUCUUCGCCAACCAACUAGAGGCUAAGGGGGUAAAUUCCAGGAACUCUCGUCGUCCUCCCCCCAGCUCAGUGAACACAGGUGGUGUGACAGAGAUCAUGGCUGAGGGAGGAGAGCUGGAGUUUGUCAAGAGAAUCAUCCACGACAGCCUGCAGCUCAAGACACGCCUGCGGUGGUACAGUUGCAUGCUGGGAAAGAAGUGCAGCCUGGCACCUUUGAAGGAGGAGCUGAGAAAACAAGGGGUACCCAAAGUGACCCACACAGAGUUCUGCCAGGGACGGACCAUGCGCUGGGCUCUGGCCUGGAGUUUCUAUGAUGACGUUACUGUUCCGUCUCCACCCAGUAAGAAGAGGAAGCUGGAGAAGUCUCGUAAGCCACUGACCUUCAUGCUGCUUCAGCCCACAGUGAAGGAGCUGCAGUCCCAGGCCUCCUCUAUAGGCUGUCCCUCCAACACCAGGCCUGUAGAGACCAUCACUGCCUGGCUGGAGAAGACACUCAGUGACCUAAAGGUGCUGUACAAGCGUGUCCCAUGUGGGAGGAAGGAGCGGAGUCUGUUCCUGACUGUUGUGGAGAACACCUGGAUCCACGGGAGACAGAGACGCAGAGACCAGGGCCGACACCUCAGAGAGCUGCCCAGAGCGCCCCCCAGUGGUAUUUCCACCACCCCUUCCUCAGUCACAGCCCAGCACCACUCCUCUACACACAUUCCGGAUAGCUCACACUCAGAUUCACACACUCCCACGGCAGCACAAGGGCCAGGCAGUGUUCCACAGUCAGGGACCAACCGGGCCAACUCUCAGGGGGCCAGCGGACAGGAAGUUCUAAGCCAGGAGGAGGAAACCAGCUGUGUCCCAGUCAAGAACAGUGGGACAGAGGAGGAUGUCAUCAUGGAGUCUUCUCCUACCUCUAUAACACCCAAUACCACACUGGCACAGACAGCACUACCCACCACAACACAGAAACAGGAAGCCAUAAUCACACCAGAGGAAGUACCUAUCGAAACACAGGAACAGGAAGUCAAUGCCACUGGACAGGAAGUGAUGCAGCCACAGAGCCCUGGCGCUGGGCAACACUUCCUGUUUAAGUGCUUGGUGAACGUGAAGGCAGAGGAGCAGGAUGUUGCCGUGGAGAUCCACUGGGUGGAAGGCCAAAACAAGGACCUGAUGAACCAACUGUGUACCUACCUGAAGAACACUCUGUUUAGAGUGGUGGCCAAGCCACUGGGGACAUAAUGGAACAUAGUUAACCUGUAGUACUGGGUCAUGUUCAUUAAGCAAAAAAUGGUAGACGGGAACGUAACUUACCAGUUGUCCUGUAUUCUAUUUGUGACCCGUUUGUAGCAGGUAGUGAAAUGUUCAUUAGUUUCACCUAGUCUCCUUGUCAAGGUUAUAAUGAGCAGUGACUAUUUUAGUUAAUUCAAGUUUGAUAAAUUACAUUUAGAAAUGUGUUUUAGCAAUAUGUCAUGUCUAUUUCCAUGUUCAGUUAGUGUUUUACACACAGGUGGUUUAUUCCAGACAUUAAAUUUGUUGAGGAUGCCGUUUCCAUAAACUGCAGCUAAUCCACUUGUUUCCGCCUGUUGAUGAAAUACAGCUUUAACACAU